AUGCAAGAAAACGAGUUGAUGAAACGACGUUCGGUGACGUUCGAAUUGCGUUGUCGACUUGUGCCACCUGGGGUUGAAGGCGGUGAUUGCCGACUGUCACCGACAGUCGUCUGUCUGCCGCGCAGCCGAUCCUCACUAACAAACACGCGACGAACCUCGCAGGCUGCGGUCAUGGCUUCGGAGACGGUCGAAAAUCGCCCCUUCGCAUUCAUCGUCCAGUUGUUCGUCAUCCACCUGGUCUGCAGCCUGAUGAGCGCCAUGGUGCAGAACGUCACACAGUCCCUCAACGAGUUUGAAUCUUACACUUUUCAACUGAUGCACUGUUUGUACACGUUCGUUUUUUGUCUCCUCUGGCAGGCGUGGUCAAAGCAGCGUUUCACGCUUCUGCCGGUCCGGCAAAUUAUGCAAGUGUCGGUGCUGCGAUUUUUUGCGUCGCUUGCUAUUUCGCACCUUUUGUCCGGGACGCUGGACGUGUAUCGUUACAUGGUAAGACCAGCUGACUUCAUCAUGACCAUUCUCAUCAUGAGGAUUGGACCGAUGCUUUUGGGCAAGACCAAACGAACCAAGGAGGAUAAGUUAUAUAUAGUACGUGAGGCGGUGAUUGCCAUAACAGCGUCCAUGAGUUACCUGUAUCCACUGGAUCGACAGUUUUAUAACUUAUCGUUUUUCUGCUACCUUUCGCUGGGUCUUGUCUGCGGCAGCUUCUACUUCAUAUUUUGUCAGCAAAAGUUCCGCCAGCUAAAGGCUGACUUCAACACCUACGCCAUGAAUGUCACCGGGUGGAGCACCGCGCUACUGACGAUCUACACCGUUUGCGUUAAGGCAGUUCAGCACCGAAACACAGGUCUGCUCGAAGAAGUCUCAUUCGAAACUAUCGAUUACGUAAGUGCAACUUUUGUGCCAUUCCGGGGGCUAACUUAAGC